AUGAAAGACGGUGCAGUGAGGUUUUAUUUGAAAGAUGACGAGUGGAUGAAAUGUAUGACUGUUGAUAAGUGUGACCAUGCUUUUUCUGUAGGCCCCAUGACAGAUCCUGAGUUGAAGAAACAAGUGCAUCAGUUAAUCUACGAGUAUCAAUAUGGACAACCAGUACAGAAAAAGGAUGCUCCGAUACAGUUAAAAAUAGUACUGAAAGACGACAUCCCAGUGACGCAUCGACCCCGAAGAUUAUCUCUAAAAGAGCAAGAAAUUGUUGAAAAACAGGUAUCUAAAUGGCUAUAUAAAAAGAUUAUCCGGGUGAGUUUCUCUGAGUAUUCUAGUCCAGUGGUUCUAGUGCAAAAAAAGAUGGGACAACUAGGGUUUGUAUAG